AUGACAUCGCGUCAAGUUGAGUCCAAGUCCCAGCUUCAGGCCGCGCAGAAGCUGCAGAUGGCUGCAUCUGCGGUGGCCAUCGAGCAGAAGCAGCCCUUCUUCAGCCCUCAGCUCACGUCGUACUUCAUUGCGGGCGGCCUCGCCGGCGCCGCAUCGCGCACGAUGGUCAGCCAUCUCGAGCGUUUGAAGAUUAUCCAGCAGGUACAGCCGACCACCGCAGAGGGGCAGUACAAGGGCGUGUGGGCGAGCCUCGUGCUCAUUUGUGACGUUCUAGCAAAGUUGAAGGAAUCAUUUAGCAUCGCCGACUUAUAUGUCUAG